GGUUCUAUAGACCAUGGGCACUUAAGCAGCCUUAUGACAUGGGUCCCCAGUGCUCCUACCAAGGCCAUUCCUCAUGCUGGCUCCAGAGCCUGUGGACACUGGCUGACCUCCAGAGUCACAUCUGGGUCUUUGGGGGUAUCUAUAACUAGAAUUAUAAGAAUUAACUCUUCAGCAUUCAUAAUUAAAGUUAGAUUGCACAGUAAACACCAAUUAUGACAAUUAGUUUACAGUUGAGAACAUAAUACAGAAAAAAAUACGAAAAUAUUCUAUUUCUUAGCAUUUAUUUCCUAUAUGUGAUAGCACUUUCUGGAUGAUUAAGGUCAAUAUUUUUCUGCAGAGCCAACAUGUUUUCUGUGUUUCUGUGGGUUGCACAAACCAAUGUAGGUGGAAAAAUGGGAUAUCACACAUGUAACAAAGACUGUGAUUAUAUGCAUCUCUUAGCAUGCUUGAGCAAAAUCAGGUCAGCAGACUGUAUGACAGAAAGCAGCUGGAAGACAAGAGCUUCCCUCAAUCUGGCUUGCAAGUGGAUACAUAACACCAACAUGUCUGUUUUAUGUCAUGCUGCUGCUUUUCUUUCUCUUCUUUUUUUUUUUUUUUUUGGUGCUGUAGUUUCAAAGGGGGAGAAAAAACCCAUUUCAAUGAUGUCAACAGAAUGUGUUCAGCCACUUGAUAUCCCAGAAGACAGACUGGACAAGCGAGAUUCACACUGCAACCAUUUAGAAGAUCUUUCAGAACAGCUGAUUAAGAGCUGUGAUCUCAAAAAGAAACCAAGAAAAGGUAAAACUAUCCAGCCUUCCCAAAACACUGAACAGGAGCAAAAAAAGCCAAGGAGAAAAGACACACCAGCUAUACACACCCCACCACCCCUAACAGGCAUACUUUCAGACUUUUCUGAUAAUCUGCUGAAAAGGUAUGGUAUCUCAGAGAAGCCACAGAGAGAGAGAGUGAGUCAGGGCUCUCAAAUCACCGAACUGGAGCAGAAAAAGCCCAGGAGAAAAGAUACACCUGCAAUACACAUCCCACCUUUGAUAAUAGGCACAAAGCUGCUUACAGAAGAAAAGCAAACGGCGAUUAUGGAAGAUGAAGAAAAGGAUGGAGACACAAUCCCCAGUUAAGAUUACAGUGAUAUUUCCAAUAUUGCAGUGUAAAUAAUUCUGGGUCAUUCAAAGUGGCAGCACAUAGAAAAAGAAGUCCUUUCAUUUUUAUAAAUAAUUUUUUCAAGCAUGCACUUGAAUUUAAUUUAUCUUCAAGUGCUUCUCUGCAUCUCAUGAAAUCCCAGCAAGCAUUACAGGAGAUGACAGAAAAUUCACCUACAUGUGGGGCUGGAAGGAUUCUCUUGGUUAACUAAAGCAGCUUCCCAGGAUUUCUGUCUUCAGGGGAUCCACCUGAGACUAUAUCUACUACCUUGUAGUGUGGUGGUAAGAGUUGACACAAAGGCCCCAUCGAUCCAGGGAAGUUGGCACUAGAUAACAGGGUGUCAGUAAAUGCAUGAUACCACUAGAUAUCACAGGGUAGUCAAAUAUCAACUAAUGAUUCAAAUUGCAUUUUUCUUCUGACAUCUCACCUCGUUCAUCCAGCUUUCCUUCAUCGGAAUAAUGCUGAUCACAGUAAAUAUUUCCACACGUAUUACUGAUGUGAUCGAUGUUCCUGAAAUGCAAAGCAAACACUUCUUGGGCCUGUAUCUGUUCAUGACUGGUGUUUGGGAGGAGAAAAGGGUAGAUUUACUGUCGUAGAAAAGCUUACAGCUAUGGGCUGUUGGCACUGGCACAUCAAACAGAACUGACGACAGAGCUCUCAUAAAAGAAACUUCUGGGAAGAGCAACAUUUGCCUAUUAUAGUGGUGUAGAAUGUUGAUUUCUUUUUUUUUUUUUUCUCAAAGGUUUUAUUCCUGAAUUGCUGAAAGCCAAAUUAGUUGAAAAAAACUGAUCCUUUUACUCUUUUAUAUAUAUAUAUGAGGUUUUUCAGCUCAGUCCUAGGAGGGGCUGUAAGGAUUAAAAAUCACAACAAGAUAUUGCAGACUAAGCAAAAGAAUAGCAUUACUCUAUGUCAUAUGCAUAAUGCAAGAUGAAACAGCGUCAUGCUUUUAAAAAAUAAUUUAAUUAAAUGAUUAAACCAAUAAACGUUUUCGUGGCCAGCUACACACUUCAACAUUUGUACAGAGAAGGGUACUUGUAGAAUAUUAUACAAAAUACGUAGGGCUGGAUAGCUUUGUGCUUAUCUUAAUAGCUCUGUAUGCUAGAUGGAGCAGCAACACCAGUGGACCCUUAGGGACCUCAGCACACAAAUUAGAGAUUACCUAGGCUGGCAGACUGCAGUUAUCUGUUUAACACCCAUAGGCAGGCAGCUGAGGAGCACACUAGUCUGGACUUCAUUUGCCACAGUGACUGACCCAGCAUCUUUCAUCCCAUUCACAGAUGUUCAGCUUCAAGAUGUAACCAACAAGCUUAUAAUAAAAUAUGGUAUAUUAAAGCAUACUAGAGAUCAGCUGUAUUAUUAAUGCGAUGUCUGAUACUAGAAGGUGUAAUUUUUAAUCCUAUUAAUCUAUCAGCAAGUUAAGACAAUAUUUAAAAUAUGAUCAAUCAGUGUUUCAUUUGAUAAUGUUUGCAUAAGGUACACAGUAAAGUAUGUCACUGCAAGUACGUGGUACGAAUAGAAACACAAUCAGCAUGUCAUGCACUACUAGUUUUUAAUUUUUGGAACUGUAAGUUAAACUCAAUACAAGUUAGGCACUGAUGUGGCCCAAGCUUUAUGCCGUGUCUCAUUGCCAACAGAUUUUCAUUUGGAUCCCACCCAAGCAGCUCAAGCAAAGUUUUAUUAUUAAAUUCAGGAAUACUUAGAAGAUGAAAAAUGUGAACAAAGCUGCUCUGAGGCCAGCUCAGGAGCAUGCUGGGAUUUAGGGGUUAGGAAUUUAGGUGACGAAUAAAGGACAUGGCCUCCUCCCAGCACAAAAUGCAGACCUUGUGUUGCCUCUGUGAAAGAAGGUCCAUGGCAUGAGAGACUCCCUGUACCAUUCAUUCCUGAGCUCCAAGGCACUGUGACAACAGAUUGCCUUUAUGUAAAUGGUACACUUUCUAAAGUAGAAUGAAAAUUUUUUUGGUAAAAAAUAAAUGCCAGGCUUGAGACAAAGCAGAUAUUCAUGUAUUUACACAUAACAGUUCACACCAGCUAAGAACCUGAAUGAGCUGGAGGAAAAAAAAAGAAACAAACAAACA